AAUACAACCAAGUGCACGAGCAGUGACCAGUGUGGAGACGACGCGUAUUGCGAAAGAAGGACUGGUGCAUGCCGCUGUUAUCCAGGAUUCGAAGGAGCGCCUCCUACGAGAGAAUGUAAAGAUAUCGAUGAGUGUGCAGAAUCCCACGGAGGUUGUUGUAGUGGAAACGCGACUUGCGUCAAUAAGGAAGGAUCGUACGGAUGCAAAUGCAAUGACGGAUUUGUCGGAGAUGGCUACAAGUGCAUGCCAGUGGAGAAACGCGGUUGUACCGAAGCUGAAUGGGCUGAGGCCAAUUGUGGCAGGAACCAUAUGUGUACGGUUGAUGGCAGUGGCAAGAAAGACUGCGACAUGUGCAAAAUGGGAUUCGAGAUGAAAAACGGAGAAUGCGUUGACAUCAAUGAGUGCGCCAAGCCUGGCUUGAACAUGUGCGACAAGAACGCCGUUUGCAACAACUUGAUGGGAACAUACGCCUGUCAAUGUAAGAAGGGAUUCCGUGGCGAUGGAUACAUGUGUGAUGACGAAGACGAAUGCCGAAUGAUGCCAUGUCACCCGCAAGCUGAAUGCCACAAUAAGCCAGGAUCCUUUGAAUGCAAAUGUCCGGACGGAUUUGAAGGAGAUGGAGUGAGCAAAUGCAUAAAUCCUCUGGAACACGGCUGCAAAGAUAUGCAGCGAACUUGUGGCCGAACAGAACACACCGCAUGCCUGUCCGUUCGGUUGUUCGACGGAUCCUUGGGCAGUGUUUGCGAAUGUGAACCCAACUAUCGUUUUAACAACGUUACCCAACAGUGUGAAGACAUCGAUGAAUGCGCCGAGAAUCGUCACAACUGCGAUCCAGCUUCAUCGACAUGCGUCAAUACCGACGGUGGAUUCAAAUGCGAAUGCUACGAAGGAUAUGAGGGCACCGGUGGCGUCUGCGUGGGUAAGUGGUUGCACAAGAUGGCUUAUGGGCUUAUGAUAGAAAAACGAUACCAUGAAUCCAUC